AUGACCAUCUUCGACGACAUCGGCGAUGCUUUUGGCAGCGCAGCCAAGGCUGUUAGCAGUACUAUCAUAAGCGAGGCCGACACGUCCCCCCGUAGGAUUGCCGUUUCUCUCGUCAACAACACCCAGCAGACAUUGACUUGGGUCGACUCUGGUGUCGAUCACGGCACCCGCGAUGACCACGCACCAGACACAAUCGGGCCUCGUGAUACUGGAAAGUGGAGUUUGAAGUCUGCCGGGUUUCAGACAGGAUGUGAGGGCUGGAUGAAAUGGAGAAUUGGUGAUAACGGACCUAUCGUCAGGCUGGAUUAUGAUAACCCGUAUGUCGGGUCUAAUUCUUACUCUUGCAGCGUUGACUCAGCUAAGUAUACUGUUGAGAGGGAGGGCGGGUCUGGUGAUAAUGCUACUGUUAAGUUUAUCGUCAGCAACAAGUAG